CCCAGGAUGUGUGACUGUAGUCCAGUCUCAGGUCACACUGAUGGUGACCGAGGGAAACUCCACCUGUAUAAAAGCCGAACUCUCCGCCUCUUUCUCCAUCACCUAUGACACAGCCAACGGCACGCGUACGGUGAUGGUGCCCCUCCCAGGUUCGGCGGUGGUGGGUGUGGCCAGCUCGUGUGGGGGUGACGGCCGCUCCCCCUCGCUCGUGGCGUUGUUCGGGGAUGGCCACGCCCUGGGCCUCAGCUUCUCAUCCAAUGUCAGUCUGUACAGCGUCGCUAACCUUACCCUGCAGUACAACCUCAGUGAUGUCUCUACCUUCCCAGAGGCCAACAGCACUGAUGUGGUAACUGUGGAGACGACCUCUGUAGGGAUGGUUGCUAGAGUCAACACCACCUACAGAUGUAUCAGCGCCUCCCCUGUCAUUGUGGGAGGAGCCACUGUCACCUUCUCAAACGUCACGAUGGAGGCCUACAUGACAGGGGACGAUCUGAGCCCCAACGAGAGUGUGUGUACUGCAGACCAGAGCUUCACCACAGCCCCGCCUCCACCCUCCACCACCACAGCCCCGCCUCCACCCCCUCCACCACCACAGCAGCCCCCGCCCCCAUCCCCACCCCCUGGAACACCUAACCAGGGCAGCUACUCUGUCUCCAAUAGCAACGGGACCGUCUGUCUGCUGGCCCGCAUGGCACUGCAGCUCAACAUCUCCCACUUCUCUGCCUCACAGAAUAAGACUAUCCAGGAAGUAGUAAACCUGCUGCCCAAUCAGACGACCAGCUCAGGAUCAUGUGACCCCACAAGCGCCACCCUGGUGCUGACACAGGGCAGUGCCACCAACCUCAGCUUCCUGUUUACUCUGAACACCACGUCUAACAGGUACCACCUGACUGGUCUGUCUGUGGUAGCAGCUUGGUCUGAUAUGACAGCCCCGUUCAACACCAGUAACAGUAGUCUGGACUACCUGCGUGGCUCCCUGGGGCGUAGCUACAUGUGUAGUUCAGAACAGACUCUGGCUGUAGACCAGAACUUUUCCCUCAACACCUUCCACCUGCAGGUCCAGCCCUUCGGCAUCACCAGAGGACAGUUUGCACAAGCGGAGGAGUGUCAGUUGGAUCAGGACAGCAUGUUGAUUCCCAUCGUCGUGGGAGCUGCUCUGGCCGGCCUGGUUCUCAUCGUUCUCAUCGCUUACCUCAUCGGCAGGAAGAGGAGCCAUGCUGGAUACCAGACCAUCUGAGAACACUGACACACAACCUUAUGUGUAUCAAACAGCACCCUAUUCCCUAUAUAGUGCACCAGUUUUGACCAGAGGUCUAUGUGGAUUCUGGUCAAACUUAGUGCACAAUAUAGGGAGUCUUUUCAGGCAGACUGCAGAGAGCCGGACGCUCAACCAACCACUGCUACUAAUGACUGACUGGACCAUGUACAAACCAGGCCCUGUCUGCAGUGUGUCUGUGUCUGUCUGUGUAUUGUUAUUCACAGUAACUCAUCCUCUGCUACCUACUAACAGACUAGUGCCUGGUCAAACCUACCUUCCCCCUCGUCUCUCUGUCUCUCGCCCAUCUCUACUGCAGCUGGCUCAGUAUACCCUUUUAGUUCUGAUAUCAUUUCAUGUUUGACUUGGGUGGAUUCUCGCUUUAAACGGAAUUUCAAAGAUUUUUUUUUUUUUUUUCAAUUGCAGUUUUUUUUGUGUAAAUGAAAUGAAUCCGAUAUUAAAUGAUAUAGUAUUGAACUCUUAUGGAAGAGUGGGUCUUUCCUAGAAGCACGUUUUGUGAUGGACUCAACAAGCUUCCCUUCCUUCCUCAUCUCCUUUCCUUCAGGACCGCCAUCUUUUCUAUGACAUCACCUUCGGGAGGUCUGAAGACUCCUGUGAGGGAACACAAAGGGAAACUUGAAUGUCUAACACCUCCUCCUCUCUGGUCAGAAAUACUGAGCGGAUUAUGUUGUAGGUCACAGGAGCAUUUGAAAGGCCUUGUGGGGGGGGGGGAAUUAUGUGUUUUGUGGUUUUACUGCGUUUCA